AUGGAAAGAUGAACCCAGCAGGCAAAACCCAGCCUUUCUCACCCUCCCAAUCCCUCUUCUUCCCCUUCUUUCUUUCUCUUUCUUUCUUUCCUACCCUGGUUUGGUGGAAAGCUGGGUUCAUCAGAACCCAACAUAGAAACAUCCAACAUUUGGUAAAGAGGGAAAGUAGCCAAUGGAGGGCUUUAGGCUUUGCGUGCUCCUACCCAUUUUCUUGCUCCUACCCAUUUUCUUGCUCAGCAAUGACUUGCCAAUGGAUAACUCCAAGCUCAAGAGGAAUGUCACCGGUAUGUUUUUGAAGCAGAUUGCGCUUGCCAUUUCCUCACCAACUUCAAUAUUCGUUGAUUUUGGGUUGAUUUGUGUUGGCUCAAGGGAUGCUCAGAUUGGCUCCAAUGUGACUGCACUUGAUCCAUCAUGGGGAACCCAGCAAAGCUGGGUUCGAUUGAAACCCAGAUCUCCUGGGUUCCGAUGAACCCAGCCUUGCUGGGUUCGUCGAAACCCAGCCUUGCUGUUUCGACGCGAUUUCCAUUGUUGAUUUACAAUUUGAUUGAUUUUUGUUAGAAUUUAAUUAGAGUUUGAUUGUAUUUUUGUUGAAAUUUGAUUAGAGUUUGAUUGAUAUUGUUUAUUGAAGGGUUAGUUUGAUUUGAUAACAUCUGUUAUGUUAGGUUUGAGGCUUCAAUGAAACCCAGUAGCUGGGUUCAAUGGUAGAGAAUUUCAAAUUCUCCUUUGAAGCAUUCUAGGGUUCAUAGGGUUCAUAGACAUAUUAUUUUGUGAGGACUUUACUGCUAGUGCAACCCAACUUGAGUUAGAUUGAUUUUGCAGAGAGUGAAGAUGAGAGACCAUUCUAGGGUUCACAUAUCUUUAUUGGUGGUUUACAAGCAACGUGAGACAGUGUUGGUGCAGGAAGAAGAUGACAUGUCAUAAAAAAAGAGUCUAGUU